UCUAUAUUGUACUUUUUCUAUGAUCAUAUUUUGUUUGGGAAAAGUACCAUUAUAAUUUUAAGGUUAUGCUGCUUAAUUUUAACGCGUGUACUUACAUCGUUUGUAGUUGAUGAUAGAAAAAUGGAUGAAACAUUUAAUACACCGCCAUCAGCUAAAUUAAAUUUAUCUGGUCAAAUUUAUUGUGUAGAAUUUUCUCCUUAUGAAUGGUCCCAGCAAUUAAUUUGUAUUGGUUUGAAAGAAGAAAUCAUAGUUGGUACAGUCAAAUUUCAGGAGGAAGAUGAUACUGUAGAAGACAUAGCUUAUAAUUUAAUAAGAACAUUUCAUCAUGACACUAGACCAAAUGCUAUUGCAUGGAGUCCAGAAACAACCUUAAGUGUCGUUCCUAAAAUUCUUACUUUUUGUGUCGCCGGUACAGAUUUUAGAAUACGACUGUACAAUAGUAAUUUAAAUGAUAUUAAUACAUAUGAGAUUUUAGAAGGACACAUAGAUUAUAUAAAUUCAAUUUCUUAUGAACCUGAGGGUGAAUUAUUAGCAUCAACAUCUGAUGAUCAUACUUGUAAACUUUGGGCUAUUAAAGAAGAUCAAAAAUGUGUUUCAACAUUUCACUUAACAUCACCUGGAAUGAGUGUAUGCUGGCAUAGCGAAGAAUCUGGAAAGUUGUUGGUUGCAGAAAAAAAUGGAUUAAUUCAUAUGUACAAUGUUAGAAAUCAGCAAGCAAUUAUUUCACUUGAUGCAGGAGUACUUCCUUUAUCCUCUGCAGAUUGGGGUUCUAAUCCACUGAAAGUUGUAUCUUUAGCAGCUGGAGAAUUACUUUUAUGGGAUGUAUCUAGACCCAGUCGACCGUUGGAAUCUGGAACACUUUAUAUCGAAGGUGGUCUUUUAAUUAAAUUUUUUCCUGCUUACGAGCACAUUGUAGCAAGUAUUGGAAGACCUGAUAAUCAGUUAAAAGUUAGUAACUUUAAGAUAAAACAAGUUAUAUUACAUGGAAAAGUUAAAAUUGUAGGAGGUUUAUCUUGGCAUUAUAAAUAUCCGUAUGUUUGUGCAGGUAGUGAUAGAGAACUACAUUUUUGGAAAAUAAAAAUUCAUUAAAUUAAAUGUA